GUCACUACUCGCUACAUCAGUGACCAGUGUAUUUUCAGCUGCCGGUGGCACGUCAGUCGUGUUCGCGCCACCUUCUCGACCGUUAUAGCACGCGCAUCACAUCGGUGGUCGGUGUCUGAUUUUUCGAUACAAGUCCUAGAAGUCGUCCUCAGAAAACAUGCCGAACAUAAUUAAUGAGGUGAAGUUGGACUUCAAAGACGUGCUUCUCAGGCCGAAAAGAAGCACACUGAAGACCCGGGCUCAAGUAGACUUGUUCCGACAUAUUACGUUUCGUAACUCCAAGCGCACUUAUCAGGGUAUACCGAUGAUGGCAUCCAAUAUGGACACUGUCGGAACAUUCGAAAUGGCAGCUGCCCUGGGAAAACAUGGGAUAUUUACUACAGUUCACAAAUACUACGAACCUGCUGAAUGGUUAGAGUUUGCUAACAACAAUAAAGAAAUUUUACCACACAUAGCUGUUACUUGUGGUAUAAAUGACCAUGAAUUUGAAAAACUAAAAAAUAUAUUGGAAGCCGUACCAGAUAUAUCUUUUAUCUGCCUCGAUGUGGCUAACGGUUACACUCAACAAUUUGUGGAUAUUGUUCGGAAAACUCGUACAGCAUACCCACAACAUACAAUAAUUGCCGGCAACGUGGUUACUGGUGAAAUGGUUGAAGAAUUAAUUUUGUCUGGUGCUGAUAUCAUUAAAGUUGGUAUUGGCCCUGGAUCAGUAUGUACCACACGUAUUAAGACGGGCGUGGGCUAUCCUCAGUUAAGUACGGUUAUUGAAUGUGCUGAUGCUGCUCAUGGUCUACAAGGACAUAUUAUUUCUGAUGGUGGAUGUGUUUGUCCUGGAGAUGUCGCCAAAGCAUUCGGUGCUGGAGCAGAUUUUGUUAUGCUUGGUGGAAUGCUAGCUGGACAUGAUCAAAAUGGAGGCGAAUUAACUAUUAAACCAAAUGGUACUAAGUGUAAAUUAUUUUAUGGUAUGAGUUCGUUAACCGCGAUGAAGAAACACGCUGGUGGUAAGGCAGAAUAUAGAGCUGCAGAAGGGAAAGCCGUUGAAGUACCAUACAGAGGUGAUGUAAAUGAUACUAUUCUUGAUAUACUUGGUGGACUUCGUUCAGCAUGUACCUAUACUGGAGCUCAUACAUUAAAAGAGUUGCCUAAGCGUGCCACAUUUAUUCGAUGCACUCAACAAGUGAACUCUGUGUACUCCAACAUAACUACUCGAGAAUAAAUAACAUUACUGUCCCAUACUCUUGUAUAAUGUAUAUUGUAUAAUUAGGUACAUAAACCUUUUAACAAAAAGGUAUUUAUUUACCUAAUACAAUAUGGUAUUAUACUCAAUUAUUGGUUCUAUAGCAUAAUUUAUUCCAGUCACAUUUUACAUUACCUGAGCGCCUGUAGAAUUUAAGACUGUAUUUUUACAGGAUGUUUAAUAAUUUUUUAUUUUUACUAAUGUAAUUUCAAUUUUGUGAUAGAAAUAUUUUCUCAUUGUUAUUAAUAUUAUUUUACUAUUCAUAAUCAAUCAUUAGUUACUAUAGUUAGUGAGGUUAACAUUUAAUUAUAAAUACAAUUUAGGUUAGUUCUGGUAAUUUUAAAAGUUUUUAAAUAAUUACAAUUUUUUCUCAGUAGUUUGGUGCAUAAAAUAUUAUACUUUAUUUAUUUAUUAUAGUUGUUGAUUGACCUAAAAACCAAAAAAUAAUUAAAAUGCUACUCAAUGUAAGUCUAUAACUGUGAUGUGAUUUUUGUUUCUAUAUUUGGGAAUAUCUUUAGUUAUAUAACUUAUAAGUUUUAAAAAUGUGUGUAAAGAUGUAUUAGUUACCUAUGUUUAUCUUUUAUUGGUUUCUAAUCCUAUUUAAGAUCUGACUACAAUCGAAUAAUUUAAUGCUAAUGAUUAAUAAUUAUUAGACAAUAAAAAAAAAAAUGAAUUUGAUUUGAA